AUGCCAUGGGCAUUGUUGGCCAUGGGCGGCCAACAAUGUCGCUAUCCAGGUGCUGUUGAAGAAGCCCUUCAAUUUCAUCCUCUUGAUUUGUUUCAUCUUAUCCAGGAUCUCCAUCGAACAGGCUGGAGUGGAUUCGAUGACGAGAAGAAGCUCAAGCAAGUGUUACUCGCGUACGCUAGGUUCAACAAGGCUAUUGGAUAUUGUCAAGGUUUCAACGUCAUCGCUGCUUCUAAUCCUUCCAAGUGGUUGGAAUAUCGUACGGAUGAAGCUCUGAAGAUCAUGAUCUUCCUUAUUGAACACGUAAUGCCUCAAGGCUCAUCGGAAGCACUAGUAAUACCUACAACUUCAGAAAAUGAAUACGAGCCACCACUUCCGAAUAUCUUCUCUAUGCAUUGGUUUCUCACGCUGUUUUCCACAUGCCUACCAAGAGACUGUGUGAUGCGAGUUUGGGAUGCGCUGAUGUUACAAGGGUCCGAAAUUCUUCUUCGAACUGCUGUUGCAUUGUGGUCAAAAAUGAGCAGAAAAAUACUGCGAACAUCCAGUGCUGACGAGUUCUACACACUCAUGGGCAAGCUCUGUAAAGAGUUGGUGGAGAUGAAUCAGGAAGAGCAAGAUCAUCUUAUGACGGUGAUCUACACAAUGGCAGAGUUUCCGUAUCCAGGCUUGGCAGAGCUGCGGGAGAAGCAUAAAUGGAAUAUCCAGCCUCUCACUCCAUCAUUCAAGUUGGUUCGAAAAAGCGCCGACGACAUUCUCCAUGAUGGCCGAGCUGAAGAAUCAACUUGCUCACCAUGUUUGUUCCAACACGCUAUUCUACACAGUUUUUCUUAA